UUUGAAUUUUAAAAAAAUAUGCUUAAUGAGGAAGAAAUUGAUAUUUAUGAUAGGCAAAUCAGAAUUUGGGGUCAUGAUGUUCAAAAAAAGAUUAAAAAUUAUUCCAUUAUGCUAAUUGGAUUUUCAGGUUUGGGAUGGGAAAUUUCUAAAAAUUUGAUUUUAUAUGGCAUUAAAACCUUAUGCAUUAUGGACAACAAGACAGUUACACAUAAUGAUCUAAAAUCUAAUUUAUACUUGAAGGAAGAUGAUAUUGGAAAUAAUAGAGCUGAAUGUAGUAUAUCAAGUUUAAAAUAUCUAAAUCCCAAUGUUCAAAUAAUAGUUGAAACAAAAUUUCCUGAUAAUUUUCAUUCAGCUAACAUUUACAAGGAUUUUGAUCUAGUCAUAAUGAAUGAUGUUAGCUAUAAAAUUGCACAAGAUAUUAAUAAUUAUGUUCAUCAAAUUGGGAAAAAAUGUAUUUACACCAGAAAUUUUUUUCUCUAUGGAUAUAUAAUAUAUGAUUUUGGAUCGUUUCAAUACAAUAUACCUCAAAAGCCGAAUGAAAUUACACAAGAAACAAAUAAUUCAAAUAUAAAUUUUAUAAAAUAUCCCAGUUUUUCAAAUCUUCUAAUCAAUUCUGAAUUCAAUGACAAAAUAUUUAGUUUAAAAAAAUCUGGCAACUUGAAGAAAACUUAUGUUAUCAUCAAGGCCAUAUUGGAAUUGGAAGAAAGUGAAUCAAAGGCUGACAAAUGCGCCAAGAUAAACGGAAAUUCUUCAGUUAAAAUGUUGCAAAGUCUAAAUACUAGAAUAGCUACAAGUCUAAAACCUUUCGAUCUUGAAGAUUCAAAUGUUCCCGAUUUUCGCAAAUAUCCAUUAACCGAAUUCAAUCCUGUUUGUGCCGUAUUGGCUGGAUUUUUGUGCCAAGAGUUAAUCAAGAUAUUAUCGUCUUCCAAACCCAGCGGAAACCUAAUGCUAUACGAUGGAUCUGUUUUCGAAGCCGAUACUUUGCAAUUAACCAAUUGAUUGGAUUUUUUAUUUUUUGAAAUUACUUUAAAAGAAAAAGUUUUUUUUUGACUUUUUUUUAAAAAUGAUCUAUUAUGAUUAUUUUGUUUAUUUUACUGAUUAAUUUGUGAUAUUUAUAUAU